AGAGGACGGCUGAUAUGUCUGACCAGAGAUAGAGAGGAAGCAGUGCCAGCCGGGACCCUGCUCUCCCCCGUGUCCUUCCCUCCCGGAGGUAAACUCGGUGUCCGUAUACAGCCCGCCCGAGGGACCGACCGCCCCGUCUGCUUCACCGCUAAACAGCAUAUUUACCCCGGGGCAGCCGGCACUGGCUGGUGUUUGGCGCGCUGACUGCGAGCUCUAAUAUCGUGUGUCAGGGGCCCGCCCGCACCGGCUCCAAUCUGUCACACUCUGCCCGCCCGCACCGUCUGUCCCCCCCUCUGUGUAAUCUGCCCUGUGUCCCCCCCUCUGUGUAAUCUGCCCUGUGUCCCCCCCCUCUGUGUAAUCUGCCCUGUGUGUCCCCCCUCUGUGUAAUCUGCCCUGUGUGUGUCCCCCUCUGUGUAAUCUGCCCUGUGUGUCCCCCCUCUGUGUAAUCUGCCCUGUGUGUGUCCCCCUCUGUGUAAUCUGCCCUGUGUGUCCCCCCUCUGUGUAAUCUGCCCUGUGUGUCCCCCCUCUGUGUAAUCUGCCCUGUGUGUGUCCCCCUCUGUGUAAUCUGCCCUGUGUGUGUCCCCCCUCUGUGUAAUCUGCCCUGUGUGUGCCCCCCCUCUGUGUAAUCUGCCGUUGUCCCCCCCUCUGUGUGUCUGCCCUGUUGUGUCCCCUCUGUGUAAUCUGCCCUGUGGUGUGUCCCCUCUGUGUAAUCUGCCCUGUGUGUGUCCCCUCUGUGUAAUCUGCCUGUGUGUCCCCCCCCUCUGUUAAUAAUCUGCCCUGUGUGUCCCCUCGUGUAAUCUGCCUGUGUGUGUCCCCCUCUGUGUAAUCUGCCCUGUGUGUCCCCCUGUGUAAUCUGCCCUGUGUGUCCCCCUCUGUGUAAUCUGCCCUGUGUCCCCCAUCUUAGUGUAAUCCUGCCCUGUCCCCCCCCCUCUGUAAUCUGCCCCUGUGUGUGUCCCCCCUAGUGUAAUCUGCCCUGUGUGUCCCCCCUGUGUAAUCUGCCCCUGUGUGUGCCCCCUCUGUGUGAUCUGCCUGUUGUCCCCUCUGUGUAAUCUGCCCUGUCCCCCCUCUGUUAAUCUGCCCCUGUGUGUCCCCCCCCCUCUGUGUAAUCUGCCCUGUGUCCCCCCUCUGUGUAAUCUGCCCUGUGUGUCCCCCCUCUGUGUAAUCUUGCCCUGUGUCCCCUCUGUGUAAUCUGCCCUGUGUGUCCCCCACUCUGUGUAAUCUGCCCGUGUGUGUCUCCCCCUCUGUGUAAUCUGCGGGUGUGUGGCGUCUCACCUCUCUGUGUAAUCUUGCGGGUGUUGGCGUCCUCCCCCUCCUGUGUAAUCUGCCGUGUGUGUGCGUCUCCCCCUCUGUGUAAUCUUGGGUGUGUGUCUCCCCCUCUGUGUGUCUGCCGUGUGUGGCCGUCUCCCCCCUCCUGUGUAAUCUAGGUGUGUGUGGCCGUCCUCCCCCCCUCUGUGUAAUCUGGGUGUGUGGCCGUCUCCCCCCCUCUGUGUAAUCCUGCUGGUCUGAUGUGGCCGUCUCCCCCCCUCUCUGUGUAAUCUGCGGUGUGUUGGCCGUCUCCCCUCUGUGUGUCUGCCGUGUGUGGCCGUCUCCCCCUCUGUGUGUCUGGGUGUGGCGUGUCCCCCCCUCUGUGUAAUCUGCCGUGUGUGGCCGUGUCCCCCCUCUGUGUAAUCUGCCGUGUGUGGCCGUGUCCCCCCUCUGUGUAAUCUGCCGUGUGUGGCCGUGUCCCCCCUCUGUGUAAUCUGCCGUGUGUGGCCGUCUCCCCCCUCUGUGUAAUCUGCCGUGUGUGGCCGUCUCCCCCCUCUGUGUAAUCUGCCGUGUGUGGCCGUCUCCCCCCUCUGUGUAAUCUGCCUUGUGUGGCCGUCUCCCCUCUCUGUGUAAUCUGCCUUGUGUGGCCGUCUCCCCACCCCUCUGUGUAUAAUCUGAGCUGUUGAGCCCCUGCUAUACUGUGUUACAUUUCUCCUUCACUCUGGUGUAGUAUAUUUUUCACCUUUUUUAUUUUUCUCAGUCUAUAUUAAGUGUCUUUUUUGUUUUUCCCUCAGUUUCUUGUCAAUCUACACUUUCUUUGGAAGAUGGAUAUAUCCAGCCCAACUCCCGUCCCUGCUCACACUUUGAGCCGGCCGUCUGGUCUUCCUGUGGCGAAGGCUCUGUUUUCGUGCAAGGCAGACACUGCUCUGUCUCCGGUCACUAACCUGGCUUUGAACAUGGACCAGCUGGCAUGUCUGGGCAGGUACUGAAUUCUGGCCAGUCCAAAAUCUUCCUUUUAUUUGUCUCUAUUAAAACUACGAACAGAUGGAUAACUAUUGCGUACAUGUAAUGCAGGGCAGUGACUAGUUUAUUAACCUUGCAGUACACCCUUCCUGAAUCAAUCUCGGCUAACUUGUCGGCAAUAGCCGUAGGGUUAAGUGGUUAUAUUGAUUAUACGUGCACGUUAUGGUACAAACCAUAACCUUCCUUUCUUCCAACAAUUGUUCUAUAACGGUUACUGUUACAUGGUCACUUUAUUAAUGGAAAGCUCUGUAAUUGUGCGAACCUGGCACUGAUCUCAAGACUUUGUGGAAUGUGAUAACUGCGCUAAAUUCCCAGAAAUCCUGCUAACCUAUGAGCCCAUCACAAUUUAGUAUUUCCUUCUUAGAUGAAGGAUAUCUUCAGUAAUAUGCAGUAAUUCUGUCAGUUUACUGAAUUCUUGUUUUAUUUAGCUGUGCUUGCUGCAACACAGUAUUUGACUGAUUUUGCAUGUGUUAUCUUCCCGUUACUACUUCACAAAUUAGGGACUAUCUAAGCACCAAAAUCACUUUGCCUUCAAGGAACUCUUCAGAGACCGAAGAUUUCUUAAUGGUCUGCAUUCCAGCUCAUUGAGACGUGUUGGAAAGACUCCAGUACUCAGAUUGGUGACUGGAAUAAAAGGGUGGGCUUUCUGCAGAUUUUCCAAGCUGCUCUCUCAUAUAUCCCCAAAUAGUACAUGCAGCAAAAAUUAGAUGCAUGCUUUCUCAGAUAUACGUACUAAAAAGGGAGGGGGGGGAGGGGCAGAGGAGUGGUUUUAUUUUAUUUUAUUUUUAUUUUUUUGAAUGAAGUGGUAAUUGGUCAUAUAGCUGAUCCAGCUAGUCUUGACAUUGUAGCAGUAGACUAGUAGAUAUUAAUCUAGAACAAUUUGUGUCUCUGAAGACAUGAAAAACCUGCAAGCGAAGUGCUGCCAUGAGCAGGUCUUUCAGGCAGGUCCUGUGUCAGACUUGUUCUGCUGUUUUCCUCCUUGAUUUGUAUAAUCUGCUUUUAUAUUUUUUUUUUUAUUUUUUUUUUGUUCAAUUAUUACAUUGUGCUAUUUCUGAAUCUAACUUUUGUUUCUCAGUCAGUGUGAAACCCCUAAACGUAAAGCCGUAGAUCGCUGCUCCAUUGAGAGAACUUGUUCUUCAGAUUCUGUGGAUGCCGGUACGUGACAUGCAGGCACUCACUGACUUUAAUGGAGCUGUAGGAGUUUGUAUCUUUGGCUGCGGUCUGCUUUUCUUUGCUCUGUGUUGACUAUUCAGACUGUGCAGUCUGGCCCUGCCAUUGGAUGUGUUCUGUGUUCGUUUAUCUUGUUUGUACAAACUGCUUGUUCUGAUCGGUAUACACUGGAAGCUAAUUCUUCUAUUAUACAUUAAUUUUCCCUAUUACUCCAUCACUACUUUCCGUACUCUUCCCCCCUCAGGCCUGUUCCUUGAAUCUCCCCGUGCGCUGGAUUUUGCAGAUGUGGAGGAAAUGUGAGUAUCUGGUUUUUAAACUCCAACUCUCUGAUGCAACUGUUAAACUAACCUGAAUUUUUCAAGUUUGGCUAUUGUGAUCUUAAGUUUGAAAUUCACUUUGAAUUCUCAGUUUAGUAAAUAAAACUGCUUGCCUCUUCCUUGGAGGACAUGUGCUUCCUGGCAUGCAUUAAGACAUGCUAAUCAGCAGGUGUCCCUAUAGAGUGCACUAUUCCUGGUGAUAGAUUUAGCAGGAUCUGUGAUAUUAUGUAAACUGAAGUCGCUGAGCCAGUAUCUGUUUCAAAGAAUCUGCCUACAAAUAUUUGUUUUCCCUUUUUUUUUUUUUUUUUUUUUUUUUUUUUUUUUUUUUUUUUUUUUUUUUUUUUUUUUUUAGGUUUGAAAAAGCAACACAUCAAUCUGAGCGACUUCAAAAGUAAGCUGUCUUACCAUAUGAGUACACCAAAAGUUUGUCUGGUCUGUGCUGUCACAGUGGGGUAAUGGGACAUUCUGCUACAAAUAAAUAAAAAUCCCCUCUUAGUAGAUAUAUUGCCAGGGCAAAAUGCAUAUAUUUAAUUAUGCAUUUUUAAUUGUAGGUAUAUCUAAAAACAGCUUGUAAAAGAUGCUAUCUACCUCUUUCCCAGCCUAAACCUUUUGUGGCCAUCCAAUCAGGCUUCCCAAUACAGCUCAACGAGAAGUCUUUGCAAGGAAGGUGCUCUAGGCAAUUGCUGCCUCUUGAGUUUAUCUCCACUGAGUGAAACAAACCAGGAAAUAGGACCUGUUACCUGACUGUCAGGGGAGUGUAAGAAGGAUUGUGUAAAAAUAUCAAUGUUUUGUAAAAUAAGUCACUCUUCACACGGCACCCUUCAGCAAGCUGGAAGGGCUUUAGGUGUGUGUGGAGUCCCUCAAACCCCUUAAGGACACAUGACGGAAAUAUUCAGUCAUGAUUUCCUUUUUAUUUCAGAAGUUGUGUCCUUAAGGGUUUAAUUGAUGGCUUUGUUUGAUACAUAAAGUCUUAGGCAUGCACUCUCAUAAACUACUGCAUCUCAAAAGAAUUGGUGAGUGCCAAUGGUAGGAUAUGAUUGCACUUAACACACCAAGAAUUCAACAAACAAAUUGUAAGUAUAGCCACAGUGUGUCCAUUUGCAGCCAUAUUGUCCAAAUUUGCCAAUAAAGUUUAUACUGUUGGGUCACAGUGAAUGCAUUAAAUCAGAAACGGUCAUUACGGAGUAAUACACGGCAAGUGAAUUUGUAUAGGCUAUUAACUUCUAGCUGUGAACGUCAAUGAAAUCUAGUGUCCCAUCAGCCCUUCAUUUUGGAGACCUUGGUGGGGACUGGCCGUAGUUGGGUGGUUAGUACCUGCCAAUAUCGGUGUAAGAAUUGACGUUGUAAUCCUUUCUCCUGCUCUAGAAUCCCACUAGGAAGAAGGCGCUCUCUGCCGGUGAGUUCCAUUACUUUCCUGCUUGGCCUGUGGCUAGAAUCUUUUAUUACAGUGUGUGAUCUUUCAUGUGGGCCAGCUAAAUGUAAAAUGGCAAUCUACGUGGGGUGGAUUCAUCUGAUGUUGGGUUAAUGUGGAAUAAGGACAGCCCUGCUUUGUAUAUCCUACCAUUCUUUCUAAAUGGUGCCGUCUGACCAGAUACUUUAACUUCCCUUUGCUUUUCUCUUGUCUAAUUCCUCAUGCAGCAAAGGUUUUUGGGCUCAAGCCCUGCAUUCAAACGAAAUCUUUCAGACUCCCUGGACUGUGAUGUCUUCCACUUCAGUGAAAACAAGGAGAAUGUAAGUAAAUCAAGAGACACUCCACCUUGGCUCCCUGUCAUUGUUAUAAGCGCUGUCCUUUGCUCCUGGCAGUCUGCAUAGAGAGCAAGCAGAUAGGACAAGAAGGAAUCAUAGUUUCAAAUCUUUAUAUGCAAUGCCUUUCCUGGCUUUGUCUGAACUGGAUUUGAUCUCUAUAUAAUACUGUCAGAAUAUGCCUUUCUACUUAUUUUUACAUCUUUCAGACACACUGUUUAAAGUGGUGACAUCUGUCUUGUUUCAGGAUUCCUUUCAGUUUAAGAUGCCAGCCAGGCCGAAUUCCCGGUGUUCUUUUUUACUUUCUCAGGGGGAAGGGAAGGACUGCCUUGUGCAGAGGCAGAAAUCUGCGCCCGCUUGUAUGGUAUGUAAUCGUUGAGUAUCUGUAGUUAGAAGUAGGAAAUGCCAGAUUCCUAGUAAGCCCGUGCAGGAACCUGUCAAUGCUUUGAUUUAAAGAGAAUGUUAACAGGGAAUCCUUCAUAAAAAUCUAGAUAUUUAGUUGCUAAAUAUCUGGAGCUGAAACAAUCUGCAAUACUUGCUUUAAAUUCAGACUAAGCCAUGAUCUCUUAUUUUCCAGCUCACUUCACCUUCCAAAGGUACAGGAACCACUUGUGUGUCUUUCUUCCGGAGAAAGUCGUCAUGUGCAUCGACUGGAACAGAGGGGAGUGAUGAUGGUUUUUUGGACAUGCUGGAUGGCGAGGAUGAGGUACGCUCCCUACCCCCCUCCUCACCCCACCGGUGUACAGACCAACGCUCUUUGCAAACCUCUAAUACUUGCCUUCCUUUUUAUCUAAAGUCUUAUCUCUUUAUGUGCACAUUUUUAGUGGCAGUUUCAAUAGGGGGGAAAGUAAUGUGUGUUUGAGACUAGGAAGUAGAUCUUCAGCCUUUUGAAGGCCAACUCCCAUGAUUCUGGGAAAUAAAGAUAGAUAUUGUAGUUCAGCAGCUGGCAAUCUCCUAGUUGGCAAACGGUGCUGGGAUAGAAGAAUUAAUACCUUUUUAUAAGAUUGGCAGCAUAUGAUUUGCUGUUAGUGUUGUGGGAUUUAACUUUUUUUAUUUUUUAUUUAUAUAUAUCUGUAUGUACAUGCUUUGAAUCCUCUGUCUUGAAUAGCGCGUAUAAAAUCAUUAAUGUUCUUAAACAUUUGACUUGCUACAGAGGCUAUUACCAGCUUGUUUUGUUCUUACUUUGUAAAAUAUUCUGUUCGUUCCAGGUUGAUGUGGAGUAUCCUGGGGGAGUGGAGAGCCUCUGGAAGGCUCCUUUGGUUAUGAAGAGCACUGACGUGAGUGGCAGAAACACUGCAUUAUAUGAAUGAAAUGGCUUGUUUAUUCCUCUGUUCCAUAUUAACUGUCUGUUCAAAGGGACCUGCCAGUGCCUAACAUGUAGCUGGUGUUAGUUUACUGUAACUUAUUCUGUGUAUUUUGGCAAAUUCCUACAAUGCUAAAGCACUGCACUCCCACAAAGCCCAGUAUGGCAUCCUAUGUGACUGCACUAGGAAAUGUAAAAUACAGGAAUUUGGGGAGAUUAUCACACACUAGACAGAUAAAUGUAUAAUUUAUUUUAUCAUUAAGGUUCUCAAUACUUCAACUGAUUAGUAAUGUGAUUAUCAUAUUAUAUACCUGUAGUCUGAGCACCUGAUGGGCUCUUCUGUACUGAUUUUAGACAUUCUGCCUGUAAAAGCUCUGCUUCUAUUGCAAGCUCAUUUAUUAGGUAGAUAUUUAAUGCCAUCUUUCCUUAGUGUACAGAAAUGGUUUCUCCCUCUCAUCUCUGUGCAAGCAGAGCAGCUAAACGGAUCGAGCGGACACAAGGUGAAGAUUUGCCAAAGAAAAACAAGAGGCGGAGGAGCAUGUUGGAUGUGCCUUGUGACGAGGAGAGUGGUCAUGAGGUGAUGAUUCUAUAAAGGAGUGCUGGAGUAACCUGAAUCUCGGUCCUAGUAUUCCUAGAGACUACUCUAGCAAUGCUGACCUCCCACAUAAAAUCUAUUUAAAUCAUGGUUAUUGCUCAUUCUAAAACCUUCAUCUGGGUGCAAAUAUAACUUCACAUUAGUUUAACCGUUGAUGUGAUUGUUUUUAUUUACCAUCAUGAUCUAUGCAUUUAUUUAGGAAUAUGUUCUUUAAAUGUGAAAGUAAAUAAAACUUAGCAGUCGGGAUGCUACAACUCAUGGUGUCUAGUAUCCUAGUGUUUCAUCCCAACUGCUAAACCAAGAUUUGUCCAAAUAGGGAGGACUCUACUUACAAUUUUGGUUUUAAUACACUUUUUCCCACUCCUUUAACCCCUUCAUGACCUUGUCCGUCACCCGUUAAAAUUAACUCCGGAUUGGGGGAUUUGGUGUUAGGCUAACCAGGGGUUAAUGUUAAAAGUUUUAAACUUAAACUUUUUAAGCUUCAUUUUUUUAAUUAAGUAAAUUAAACCCCCACCCCUUACAGAGUCCAAAUAAAAAUUAACCCCUUCUCUGCCGGUCGAUCACUGCCUACAGUGAUCAAAAUACAGAUCACAGUACUGUACUUUGAGAGAUAGAUAGAUAGAUAUAUAUAUUUAUAUAUUCCCCCCCCCAACUCUCAGGGGUUCAAUUUAUUUAAACAUUUUAUAAUUUGCUAGCUGGGGUGGGAGUUAUGGGAAAAUGGGGAAUUUAAUGUUAGUGCUGCAUACUGCUAGUUAGGGGUUAACAGUAAAAAAAAUAAAAAAAAAAAAUUGUUAAAUCUGUUUGUUUUUUUUAAAACAAAAAAGCAAAACCAGUUUAAAAAAACAUUUAAAAACACUCAUUACCACUACACCUGGAACAAACUAGAGAAAAAAAUGAUCCCACGCCAAGAUUCAAAAUAUGCCUUUAUUUACCCCAGAGUGUAUUCUUUAAUAAAUAGUAUGUGUUUGUGGGGAAGUUUCAAUAACAAACCGUCUAAAUUACUCCAAAUUUGAACAUGGACACAGCGUAAAACUUCAAAGUUAGAAAAAAAAAACCUGGCUGCGUCUCAAAUGUGCCCCUUCAACAUCCACAUAUACCUGGCAAAGGUACAUACGGAGGUAUUGCUGUACUCAGACAACAUAGCUGAGUAACAUAUGAAGUAUUAUACAGUCGUAGCACACAUAAGGUUUGCAAAAUAUACUGUGCAAACUCACUUUGUGUGUCCAAAAAGGCAGAAAAAACGCUGAUUACCACUACACCUGGUACAAGCUAGCGGUAAAAUGAUCCCACGCUAAGGUUCAAAAUAUGCCUUUUGAAAUACCCUGGGGUGUCUAAUUUAAGAAAUGGUAGGCCUUUGUGGGGUAGUUUGAAUUUAAAACCUGCUAAGAUGCUUGGAAAUUGCACAUAGGCCCAGCGUCAAAAUUCAAAGUUCGGUAAAAACUGACAUGGCUUGGUCUCCUAUAUGGCAAAACUUUGUACAGGAAUAGCAUACACCCUUUACUUAACCUGCACUAAUUGUGCCCACAUUAUUGUAAAAAAAAAAAACAAAUUUUUUUUUUGUAUUUUAUAAUAAAUACGCAUUUGUGUGUGUAUGUAUGUUACAUCAAACUAAAGCCCUUUCUGUCCUUUAAAAAACGGUAUAUAAUAUGUCAGUGCAAUAAAUUUGUAAAAUGCAAAUUGCAGUUGAACAAACAGCAAAAAAAUGAAGAAAAUGCUGUUAAGUGAAAGACAAGCGUUUGAAGCUCUGUCAUUAAGGGGUUAAAUGUGUCUAAAGGUUUUUUUUAUUUACACUGAUAUUUAGAGGACACAUUCUUGGUAGACUUUUUUUAUUUUUUUAUUUUUUUUUAUUUUUUUUCUCUCUCGUAGUUCACUGUUUAGGGGUUACACUUCUUUUAUAUAUUUUUUAUUUUUUUUUAUUUUUUUUCUUCGCUUUAACUGAUUCUGAUACCACUCAGUGUAUGGUGUCAACCAGUAAAUGGCUCCUUUUUUAGGCAAAAGAAAAUAUGCCUAGAAUUGACAUUAGCCAGCCUGGAACUUUUUUGGCUGGCUACUGACAUAACAUUGCCAAAGGUGGAUUUUAAAUCUGACUGCAAAAUAGCUCCAUUUAUUGAAAAGCUUCAGACUCCAAGCAUCGUGCCAACUUCAAGUCACUGAAGUGGUUAUGGUGUUUGGAGUAACCCUUUAAGGUAAGCUGUACAUUGUCUUUACAGUUUGAACAGCAGUCUGAACUUUGUUAAUUUUUAUAACCUCCCUGGUCUGGAGUGUUCUUCUUGGCUAAACAUAAAACCUGUAAAUACAAUCUUUAUAAUUUCUCCUUUGUAGAAAACACAGCUUGCGCGGUCAAAGUCCUACGCGCAGGAGAGCAUUGAACACCUGUUUGAUAAUGAUGAAAGGGAUCUGAUUGGAGACUUUUCCCAGGUAAGGAAUGUGUGGUUGUGCCACUUGCGGGCUCCAGCUCUCCCUUUAAUGCAUUUUGGUAUCCUUGGAAUAUAGAUUUACUGACUUCCAGACCUUUUUAUAGCACUUUCAUGACCAGGUGCCUUAACUGGUUUCAACUGAACUUCUUGUAUUUCCCCCAACAGGCCUUCCUUUUUCCUACGGUGAGUGGAAAGCGCCAGGAACUAAAGUAUAUCAGCCCAGAAGUGGUAAGUGUUUAAUUUUCUGUUCGGAAUGAAGAUUUUAAAUAAAGCAAAAUAUUGACCUGUGAGCAUAUCUUGGGUAGGAUUGGGUUACAGCUUUAUUAACAAAGCCAAGGUUAAGAUUUAUGUAUAUCUUGGUAGGGACUCCAUUCUGACUUUAUUUUCAUGCUCUCUCCCAGAUGGUUAUGAUUCUUAGUGGAAAGUUUGAAUCUUUCAUUGAACGCUGUGUAAUCAUAGACUGCAGAUACCCAUACGAGUACGAAGGAGGACACAUCAAGGUAGGGUAUGAAAUUUCACAGCUAGUCUGUAGACGACUAAAUGUCAGGUCACCGUAAUGCGUUUUAAUGCGAAUAAGUGGUUUGCCUUAGCAAGCAGUGUAAAUAUAUUUACUAACUAAUUUGGGCGGUCCAUAUGGGUAUAUACCUUGUUAAAUACUCCGAACUCUGUCUGGUGCUCUGUGUAAAAUGGCUUGAAUAUUGCUUUUCUGCGAUCAUAAACUGCAGUAACCUCCAUAACUUGUACAGACUGUCUACCAAGCUGUCCACAUGUUUCAACAGUGAAAACUUGGAGCAUAUGUGGCAGACUAGUGCCAAGUCAUCCUGUUAACAUAUGCAUUGAUGUUCACAUAUCUUUGACUCUUGUAGGGAGCCAUUAAUAUGCACAUGGAACAAGAGGUGGAAGAUUAUCUGCUGAAAAAUCCAAUAAAGCCAUCUAGUUCGAAGAGAGUGAUCCUGAUUUUCCACUGCGAGUUUUCUUCAGAACGCGGCCCCAGAAUGUAAGUUCUAGGAAUUUUCUUUGAUCACUAACACUGAUUAGAAUGUGAUGGCAGAUAAGAACCAUUCCGCCCAUGUAGUCUGCCCAAUUUUUUUUUUUUUUAAAGACUUCGAUUAGUCCCUGGCCUUAUCUUAUAGUUAGGAUAUCCUUAAUGGGUUCUUUACAGUACCAAUAGCUGCUUCCUGACUAUUUUGGUCUAACUAAAAUCAUUUCAUAGAAUUGUCUAACACAUGGGUUGUCAACCUGGUCCCUACCGCCCACUAAUGGGCGUUUCAGGAUUCCAGGUGGGCGGUAGGGAUUUCGGCGGCACAACAAGCUAAAAUACUAAAUCCUCCUUUUGAGAGAGUGGGCGAGUGCACACAUGAAAGUACGACUGUGUGCGAGAAUGCAAAUGUGUAACACGGAAGGGGAGGAGUGGGAGCUGAUGCACGAUAGGGACAGACAGAAGAGGAGCAGAGCAGUUGUAAAAUAGGAGAAAAAAGUUAUACGCAGGACAAGGAGAGAAUUGUUGGCUAAUAAGUGUGCUAACUAGCUCAGCAUUACUUUUGUACAUUGCCAUAAGGAAGGUAAAAGAAAAGCAUUUUUAAAAAGGAAAAGAUGAGAUUUUUUGUGUACUUGUAGAAUAGGAGACAGGAGCAGAGUACCUGUAAAAAGGAAAGAAUUAUUGUGGACUACCUAGCUCAGCCUUCCUACUGGGCAUUGGGGGGCAGAGGGGGGUGGGGAGCUGAUGCACAGAUGAGAAAUCGUAUGAGCAAACAGUCAUCUGAAUAUCGCCAAAAGAGGAGACCUUUGUUUGUUCUUUACGAAAAUCGAACCAGAUAUCAAAUAUUUAGUCUUGCAGCAUCAACCUCAAAGGUAUCAUUAAAGGUAAUUUCAAUUUACUUUUUCUCAUUAACCCCUUAAGGAAACAUGACGGAAAUAUUGUCAUGAUUCCCUUUUAUUCCAGAAGUUGUGUCCUUAAGGGGUUAAACUUUAUGAAUGUUUAUAAUUUUUUAACUUUAUAAAGUAGAAAUAAAGGGUUUUUUUUUUUUUUUUUCCACCCUUUCUAAAAAAUAUUCUGCACUUGGGUGAAAACUGGUUGGCUGUAAGGUAAUUUUUCCAUCAAGAAAGAUGCAUUAGUGGGCGGUAGGUAGAAAAGGGCUGACUACCCCUGAUCUAAAAUAUCCGGUUCAAUCUCUGAAUGUUGGUCUGAUUAUAAGUAUUGAUAAUCCUUGGACCCCUUCCUGCAUUUCACUAACUGCCCUGUGGCAUGUUUUCUCACAGGUACAAGUUUCUACGGGAGAAAGACAGAGAUCUGAAUGAAUACCCUAAUUUGCACUACCCAGAGCUCUAUGUAUUACAUGGCGGAUACAAAGACUUCUUCCAGAAAGCACAGGUAACUGGUGCCAAUGCUACAUUCUCAAAGUGUCUGAUUCACAUCCCAUGACUUCAGAAGAUAUAACAAUUUACAGUACAAGGUGUCAUGGGGUGUUUUUUCAUAUGGGGCUAAUCUUGGUGCAAGUGGCGUGUUACUGCCGGCUGCCACAUUCUUACAUUGCUGCUUAACCAGAAUUUAAAAGUUGGACCUUCACUAGCUCCUGUUGGGGUCCGGCUAGCAAUAUGCAGGAUCUUUGUACAAUGGGUAACAUGGCUCCUGUGCCUUGCGCUGCUGGGGGGGUGUAAUCAUCUUGGUUGCCACUAAAAUUGUACAAAAAUGCAUUUCCGGUAUUACAAACCUGUGAAAUUACUUUUAAUGGGGGCAGAGAUUAGCAAUGCACCAGCACACACCACUUCAAGCAAAUCUGAGGUUUUCAAGUAGAAUGUCUCUGCUGGUUAACUUCUCCAUCUGCUUGGACAGUCCCUUCAGGGCAUAGUGCUGAACAAGAGGAUGCAUUUUUUUUUAUUUUUUUUUUAUUUUAUUUUUUCUCUACCCUCAGUGUUAAGUAGACUCGGGAUUCUCUUGCCCACUGAAGCUGACUUUAACAGAGUGCCUCUAGAGCGCAAUGAAUGCAUAGCUGCAGACUCAGAUCCUUUCACCCUCACUGCUGGAGAUAUGGGACAUGUAUGUCCAACACGAAGAGCAGUGAUCUUGGCCAGUUGGGUAAAGAAAUGACACAGCAUUGCUUCCUACUAUAUUGGCACGUGAUGCCAGAUUGUGCCACCACAGCCAUCAAACAGGACACUCAAAGCUUACUGGCAGACAUGUUGUUCACGGCUGAUCUGGCUGUGGUAAAGGCACAGGCUGUAACACCUAGAGGACAAGGUUUGCCCGCGCUGGGGGGAUCAGUGCUCCCUGCAGUUGUACUAUUUUGACAUUUGUCUGUUGUAUGCAGAUUACUUCCCUAAAAUCCUGUUCCACCCACAAUUUAUUUUAAAUUACUUUUACCCCUAAAUUAAUGGAUCUGGGAUUUGUCUGUUGACCCUACAUCACAGGAAAAUCAGAGUGAUUUAAGCUUAGCCUAAAAAAAACUUUUUUUUAUUUUUUAUUUUUUUUUUUCUUCCUCUGUCUGUCCUGCACUAAGCUUGAACAUGUCUUGUUUUUCAGACUUUCUGUGAACCCCAGACCUAUCGCCCCAUGCACCACGAAGACUUUAAAGAAGACUUUAAGAAAUUCCGCAUGAAAAGCCGAACAUGGGCUGGUGAAAAAAGCAAGCGGGAAAUGUACAGCCGCCUAAAAAAGCUGUGAUAUUUGCAGGCUUCACUCAUAUCGGAGACAGGGCAGGAGUCUCUGUUGUGAAGAGCACUGAAACUGUUCUGCCAUCUUUUGCACUUGUUUUAGACCAUGUAAUAACCCACCACAUGUGGCUGUGAGUCCUUGACGAGCUCUGCCCAUAACAGGGUGUCUGUCUGAGAAUGGCCCAAUCUGGGACAGUUUGUGUCUUGUAACGUAGUAUUUCUCUAUGGGUUACUACUUGUUUUUAAUCUCUCCCUAUGUCACAUUUGGGGGAAUAGUGACCGGGAGUGUUGUAUACACUAUCUUAUUUUUUUAUUUUGUUUACAAUAUUUUUAUAAAUCUUUUUAUUCAUGCCCCUGACCAGUCUCUUUAGGAAGUUCAUAUUGAAUCAAUGAUUCACCUUGGCCAGUGUUUUCAUAAGUGUGUAUGUUGAGCUUCAAUGAGCUCUGUAUGUUGAAUGAAAAUUUUAUAUUUAGUGUGAGUGUAAAAAAUGAAAUUCACUGGCAAUUUUUUUUUUUUUUUUUUUUAUAAAUGAGAUUGGCCUAAAUUACCAUCGCUGUGAACAGGUCAUUGUAAUGUUAACUUUUUCCCUAUUGCUGGGAGAGACGUUUUUUUUUUUUUUUUGGUUUGUCCCUCUAUUGACUUUUCUACCUUGGUAGAGGUGACAACAAGCUGGUAACGGUCAUUUAGAGCCAAAAUCCUGCCUGAAUGUUUACUUGUUUUCUAAUUUGUAUUUUAAUUGUCAAUGUGGCAGGUACGCAGUAACCUCUGCCUGGUAGGUGUGGCUCCUGUGACCCCCACCUCCUUGUUAGAUUUGGUUUGAUCGGAGUACCAUUAGUCUGUACAUGUUAUUGUAGACUGUGUAUAAUGUUACAAUUCACUGAUUUAUACAUAAGACUUGCUACCUGUGUUUUCCUGUGACAUCUUUAUUUACAAGGUUUAAAUCUGCCUGUAGGGAAUAUGCAAUCUGUAAUGCUGCUUUCUCCCUGCUACAGAAAAUAAACUACCUAAAACAUCUUUGUUC